AUGGUGGCUAAUAAGCGAAUGAAAAGUUUUUUGGUAGCCGACGAACUGAAUCCGGAGACAGUCGAUCGUAGUCCUAACAAAUCCGGUUUGAUUUUCAAUUUGCAUUUAUGGAUUAUCUCCGUAAAAUUACUCAAUUUUACGAUACCAAAACGAGCGCUAGUUGCUGUGGUUGGCAAAGUGGGUUCUGGCAAAAGCACAUUAAUCUGUGCCAUUUUGGGCGAAAUGGAGAAGCUACAAGGUUAUAUUGGUGUACGCGGCACUAUGGCUGGUGUUGGCCAGCAACCUUGGAUCCAGAAUCUGACUCUCCGUGAUAAUAUUGUAUUUGGUGGAAAAUUUGAACGAAAAUACUAUAACAGAAUUCUGGAGGGAUGUGCACUGGUCAAGGAUUUGGCAACACUUCCACAGGGCGAUUCUACUGAAAUAGGCGAAAAGGGAAUUAAUUUGUCCGGUGGUCAAAAGGCUCGUGUUGCACUUGCACGUGCAGUUUAUCAAAAUCGAGAUAUAUAUUUGCUGGAUGACCCUCUUUCCGCUGUUGAUAGCCAUGUGGGCAAACAUAUUUUUGAAGAGUUUGGUGUUUACAUGGAAUAUAUUCGAUCGGCGACCAUAAUAACAUCGUCUUUCUUCAUCUUCUUUUUCGUCUGUUAUUCCGCUUUUCAAUUGCUCCGAGGUGUCUGGCUUUCUGCUUGUUUCUUCGGUGCUAUGGUAUUUCUGGUGAUAAGUGGACUGCGCGCAUCCAGUAAUCUUCACACACCACUGCUGCAAAAUCUGUUGCGUUCACCGAUGUCAUUCUUCGACACCACUCCUGUCGGACGUAUUCUCAACCGCCUUGGUAAGGAUAUUGAUACGAUCGACCAGUUACUUCCGCUGAUUAUUCGAUAUUUUGUUUAUAGCUUGCAAAAUGUCGUUGCGACACUAAUCAUAAUCGUUGUUUCGACACCUGUUUUCGCUCUCGUUAUUAUACCACUUGCUGCUAUUUAUUAUCAUUUUUAUGUUCCCACUUCUCGACAGCUGAAACGAAUGGAGAGCGUUUAUCGUUCACCCAUAUAUCAGCAUUUCUCGGAAACUAUCCAGGGAGUGGCAUGCGUUCGGGCCUUCGGAAAGGAUUUUUGUCAUCUAUCGGAUGGACAUCUCGAUCGUUUCACACGCUGCAAGUACUACAACAUCAUAUCAAAUCGUUGGCUAGCCGUAAGACUUGAGUUCAUUGGAAACUGUGUGGUACUGUUUGCCGCACUGUUCGCUGUUCUAUCGCAGUAUUUGGGUACCACAAUCAGUGCCGGAAUUGCUGGACUCAGUAUUACUUAUGCAUUGAACGUAAGUUGCUCUGGAAACAUUCUUUGUUUCAGUUCUCCGAAUGGUUCCUAG